ACCUAGUACGGUGAGCCCACCUAAAUGCCUGUGAGGCAGGCAGAGAGGAAGAGAAGGGGAAUUAGUCGCUGUUGCGCAGCAUAUCCGAGGAUGAUUCAUGUAUAAGAGGCAGAACCCGGUGCAGAGCAAGCAGGAGUUCGGACCAGCACUCAGACCCAGGAUAAGCCCAGCCUCCUCAGAGCUGGAGACCCUCUCCUCGACACGUCUCCCACCCUCACCCCGUGCCCCCCUCAGUGACAUGUACCCUGAAGAGAGCCGGGGCUCUGGAGGGGUAGCUGCUGUUGACUUCCUGGAAGGGACAUACGACUAUGCCACCCCCACCCCUGCCCCAACGCCUCUUUACAGCCACUCUACCACUGGCUAUUUCUCUGCUCCUCUGGACGCCCAGGGACCACCAUCUGAUGGCAGCCUUCACUCUCUGGGGAGUGGGCCGACCAGUCCUCUUGUGUUUGUGCCCACCAGCCCAAGGCUCAGCCCCUUUAUGCAUGCUCCAAGCCACCACUAUCUGGAAACUGCCUCAACACCAGCUUACAGAUCCAGUCACCAGCCGGCCUCCCGAGAGGACCAGUGCGACACCCGUGACGAAGCAUGCAGUGUGGGAGAGCUGGGAGCUGGAGUCGGAGCCGGCACCGCAGCCGGGGGGUUUGAGAUGCCUAAAGAGACGCGUUUCUGUGCUGUGUGCAGCGACUAUGCCUCCGGGUACCACUAUGGGGUGUGGUCCUGUGAGGGCUGCAAGGCCUUCUUCAAGAGGAGCAUUCAGGGUCACAAUGACUAUAUGUGCCCAGCAACCAAUCAGUGUACUAUUGACAGGAAUAGGAGGAAGAGCUGCCAGGCUUGCCGACUCAGGAAGUGUUACGAAGUGGGUAUGAUGAAAGGAGGUGUGCGAAAAGAGCGUGGUCGUGUUCUGCAGCGCGACAAACGACAGACUGGCGUCAGUGACAGAGAAAAAACUGGAAAAGGCCUGGAGCACAAAGUGGCACCCCAUCACGAUAAGAGGAGACGCAGCAGUGCCCUGGGAGGAGCGAGAUCCUCAGUGACCAGCCUGCCAUCUGACCAGGUUCUGCUUCUCCUUCAGGGUGCUGAGCCCCCGAUUCUGUGCUCCCGUCAGAAGCUGAGCCGACCCUAUACUGAGGUCACCAUGAUGACCCUGCUGACCAGUAUGGCCGACAAGGAGCUAGUCCACAUGAUCGCUUGGGCAAAGAAGCUCCCAGGUUUCUUGCAACUCUCCCUCCACGAUCAGGUUCUACUGUUGGAAAGUUCAUGGCUGGAGGUGCUGAUGAUUGGACUCAUUUGGAGGUCAAUCCACUGCCCUGGAAAACUGAUCUUUGCACAAGACCUAAUACUGGACAGGAAUGAAGGAGACUGUGUUGAAGGCAUGGCGGAGAUCUUCGACAUGCUGCUGGCCACCGCUUCCCGCUUCCGCAUGCUCAAACUCAAACCGGAGGAAUUUGUUUGCCUCAAAGCGAUCAUCCUGCUCAACUCUGGUGCGUUUUCUUUCUGCACCGGAACGAUGGAGCCCCUCCACGACAGCGCGGCCGUCCAGAAUAUCCUGGACACCAUCACGGAUGCACUCAUACAUCACAUCAGCCAAUCAGGAUACUCGGCUCAGCAGCAGGCGAGACGGCAGGCCCAGCUGCUCCUGCUGCUCUCCCACAUCAGACACAUGAGCAACAAAGGCAUGGAGCACCUCUACAGCAUGAAAUGCAAGAACAAAGUGCCUCUGUACGAUCUGCUGCUGGAGAUGCUCGAUGCCCACCGCCACCACCCGGUCAAACCGUCUCAGCCUUCAUCUCCAGAUGACAAAGCUCCUCCCUCCACCAGUGGUGUGUGUUUGGGCGGCUCCUCUCCAGUCGGUUCCGGUUCCGGGCCUCGAGGUGGCAGCGAGACCCUGAUCAGAACCCCCUCGGCUCCCAGCGUCCUGCAGUACGGAGGCUCCCGCUCCGACUGCACCCAGGUCCUGUGAGUCGGAGGGCGAUAGUCGUUUUUAUGAAUGACACGUGCAGUUUUGGAAAUGACAGCUGAAGGUUAUAUUGCCAUUGAUUUUAUCAGAAAGUAAUUUAUAAAUAAGAAUGUAAUUUUAUAGCCAAAUGGGGAGAAGUUUCACCUUCUCGGCACAAUCUGAGCCUCAGUUCCUUUUAUUUGCUGAGUUUCAUCUUUUUUGCUUUGCUUUUAAUUUCCAACAGCAGAUAUGUUGUCAUACUUUGACACGCAGUGAUUUGAAAGGAUGAGCAGCUAAUUUUUGUGUAUACCAAAGUGCACUUCUUCUGACUGAAGGACUAAUGGGCAUUAUUUUUACUUUUGCAUAUAGGAGGUAAUUACCCAGCAAUUACUGGUGAAGAUGACACGCCACAUAUUGCAUCCGUGCACAAAAUUUAAAUCAAUUUAGUUUUGAAAUGAGCUUGUAGGUUAAAUGCCUAAAAGGAAUCAGAUCAGUCCAGCCCACACUGAUUACAGAUUAAAGGAAACCUGGACUUUAUGCUAAGUAACUGUUACCCACUGCUGUCUGUGUACAGGAGGGGUUUUCUAUGCUUACCUGCAGCAAUUUUCUCUGAAUUUAUGCUAAAUGUUGAUGUGAGCUUGUGUCCUGGCACGUGUUUUCAGCACUGAGACUUUAACAGAGGGAUGGGCGGGGCAGAGUGAUCUUCAGUUCAAUGUUUUAUCCACAAUCUGAUGCUCAAGUAAUUCAUUAAAGGCACUUUGGCUGGAUUUACUCAUCUACUAAUCUAAGUAUAAUAACUAAUUUUUAACUGGUACAUUUCUGACUUCUGAAUUUAAAAUUUUGGUAAUUUUUUUUCAGCACUUUUAAAGAAAGUUUGCAAAUGAUCUUUUGCUGUCAGACUAGGCAAAUAUUUUAGCGGGUCUGGUUAACCUUGGAGCGUCGGAUGCAGAUUUUUGCUCCAAAAGUUGGAAAAUGAAAUAUUCCUUCUAAACUAUGCAAACUAAUUUGCAUAGUUUCCUAAAAAGUAGAGUAAUAUCCUGGAAGUUGCAACCUUUUUUUCUUUUUAAAACAAACCAAAGACAUUUUGUAUCCCUGAAGGAGCCAAGGAGUGUUAUCCACAGCAGGUCCAACAAGACCUUAGAGUUCAGACAUACAAGCUGCUCCUGUUUUUAUGAUUUUCUAUAUUUCGUAUGAAUUGUAUUAAUAUGAUGAAUUUUCUGACAUCUAUGAAUUUCAGAAAAGCAAUUGACAAGCAGCACAGCAUAAAUGUGUGGGAAAUGUUCGAAAAGGGUUAGAAGAAGAGCGCAUUUGGCCACUUGAGCUGACUUAGAGGGUAAAUCCAGCCAAACCGGACGUCAUUUAUCAUGUGUUUACUGUGCGUGUAAAUAAAGGCUGAUGUUGGGAAA